CUCAGCAAGCGGGUGUUAAAAGUCGCCCAUGUAAACGCACCUCAGAAGAGGUGGGAGCGGACUCUACAGCUUUAUGAUGCCGAGGAUGAUGAGGAUGAAUAUCAGCCAGAUUUCGAAGAACGUGAUGACACCAGUGAUGUAAACAGUAAAGCCAAUAACAUAAGGGCUACUAUUCCCUCACCAGAAAUCAUGAAGGUGAGAAUGAUAUUACAGGCAGCCAAAGAAGAAAAUGAUGAAAUUGAUGGCAAACUCCGACAGAGAAAGCAGCAGGUUGCUAUAGCAGAGAGGCAGACAGCAGAACUAUGUGCAAAGAAAAGAAACAAGGAAAGUAUUGAACAAUGGAGGAUCAAGGAGAGUGCACCUGAGGAAAGUUGGAAGCAUGACAUGUACCACCAGAUUUAUGAUAGGCAUUCUAAGCUUGAAGAUCAGCCUGCAAGCAGAAUCAGUGCAGAAGAACUAGAGGAGAGCCUUCUGGAGUAUCCUGAACAUGAAAUGCCUGUGAAUGAUGUUUUUAUGGUACCUCAGUAUCCUGUAGAAAAGGCUUAUGUUGGAUCUGUAAGUAUGGAUAGAGAUCUGGUAUCCAGAAGUGAAGGAGAUAUGACUUUGUUAGCUGACCCAGGGGUGCAGACAGAGUUGUACAGUGAACAGGAUGCAGAUGACCUACCAAGCCCACUGAGGAGACCUCUUAACUUUGGAGAAGGGGAUUCAAGCAAUGUGGAAGACGCACACUCAGAGUUCAGCACUUCCCUCCAGUCCCUUGAAGCCAACAAGCCUGCUGAAGCCUUGCCCACACCUCCCCCUUCUGAAAAACCAGGAAAGUAUGUCCGACGAAGACCAAGUCCGAGCACCAAAGUUCCCCUUAGGAGACCAAAGUGUGCUCCUCCAACUUUACAAGGGCAGCCCACACUACCAGAAAUCUUGAAUGAAGAACUGGACAAGACUUCUGACUUUCCAUCCAGCAGUAUAUCUCAGGCAAUGAAGGAGCAUGACAGAGAAACGGAGCUUCAAUUGGCAAGGACCUGCUAUCCUGGAGAGCACAUUGAACAUGAAUUUAAUCCAGAUGUGAAUGAGGAAAUUAGCAAAAGGGAAGAAUCACAUGAAGUAUGCAGAAGUGUGGGGAGACCUGGAACUACAGCAAAAAUGAUGAAUGGACUUUCACAAAUACAGGCCAGAUUAAUCCAGAUAAGUAAAGGUGUUUUACCUGAUAAAAAACUAGAACUUGAAAGAAAUGAUACAGCACACUACAGAAAUGAGGAAACAUACAAGGUGAUAGAGGAGGAAGAGGAAGUAGUAGAGGAAGUGGAAGAUGUGAUAGAGGAAGAAGAGGUAGUGGUGGAAGAAGAAGAACUAGUGGAAGAGGAGGUGGUAGUGGAAGAGGAAAAUCUGGAAAGGAAUGGUUUUCAUACUUCUAACAAUAAUGAUGACGGUACCAUCUCCGCGUCAUCUGUGGUAUUCCUCAUGAACUAUCUUGAGGCUAAGAUCGUAUUCAAGGCGUAUGCUCCGAGCAGUGAUCCCUUAAACAAACCCAUUGGUAUUGCUCAGUUGGAAAGCGGCCAUAUCAUCGUGGCAGAUACCUUUAACAACCGCAUGAUGCUGUUUGACGAAGCAGGGAAGGUUCUUGGCCCUUUCUAUUCCUCAUCUUCCUUGUACCAUCCUUCUGCUGUGGUGGAGCUCGAGCAUGGUGGUUUUGCUGUCAAGGACAACAACAGCAUUUCUGUCUUUUCAUCUGAAUUUGAGUGCUGCAAAGUCAUUGCAAAGGGAAAGUUGAGUCGACCCUAUGGUCUAACCGUGAAUGCAGAGGGCCUGUUAGUGACUGUCGAGACCAGCCUGACUGGCAAUCUGACCAUUGUCACCCUGAAUCCAGGCUCGGGCAAUGUGGAGUCAAGGGUGAAAGUAGACUUGGGUCUGAGUAGCCAUGCCAAGAGUGAGAGCAAACCGCGCUUCAUUGCCUGGCAGGGAGAGUGCAGGCUUUUAGUUGUGGAUCUUGGCCUGAACUGCGUUUACAUUAUAGACGCCUUUAAAGGGGUGGUUCUGAAAAGGUUUGGGGAAUAUGGCCAAGGGCGAGACCAGAUGCAUGACCCGUCUGGCAUAGUCUGCGAUGGGGAUGGCUUCAUUCUCUUAGGGGAUAGCCGAAACCAUCGCAUACUGAUCUAUGACCCAGAUGGUCGGUACAUCUCGGUCUUGGAAGUAGAUGUGCCUGUUCGCCGUCCCUCUGGCUUGUACCUGACCUCGAGUGGCAAUCUGCUCAUACUCAACUACUGGGAGAAUUCUGUGGCAGCCUAUCGCUUUCAGGAGAUCGGGGAUGUUUAAGUAGGAAAAGGAAGACGAUGAAGAUGAUGAUGAUGAGAAGGAGAGAGAGAGGAAGAAGAGAAGAGAAAGAGGAUGAGACUCAUUACAGUCUGUAUGAUUGUUUUUUUUUUUUUUUUACUUUUUUUGCUUACAAAGCAUUAGAGGUGAUUUGUUGGUUACAGAAGUUUAGUUAUGAUAUUUCGUUUUGCAAAGAAUUUGAGGGAAAUUUAUUUUUAUGUAUGUAGUUGAGCAGCAUUGAUUAUUUUGUUGAAUUUUGUUUGGGGUUUAUGUUAAUGGAAAAUUCAUUCUUUGUCAGAUACCCCGUAGUACCAAAGGUGUCGUGAUCAUAUGUUUUAUUUUUUCUGGUUUGAUUUGGUAGAGUUGUAAUACAGUUAUCAUUUUAUUUGUUGCAAAUGCAAAGUAAAGAUAUUUACUUUUCAGACAAAAAACAGUUUUAUUUUAAUUUGCUUCAAACUACCUAUAGUUAUGUAGCAGUUUUGGGUUUUGUUAUGCAUUUCCUUCGU